GGAGUCAGUGACGCACGUGUGUGCGUGUGUGCGCGUGUGCGUGCACGCGCGCCGCCCCAGCGCGUUCGGGAGGCGGGAUCGCGAAGCGGGGAGUCGGUAGCUACUAUUCGAUACAACACUACAGUGCGGGAUAACUGGAUAUCCGAUUACACCGGCUUCUAUCCCAAUCCCGUGACCAAACGCACACAUAUGCACAAACACAGACAUAAACACGCGCGCGCAAACCCGUACUCAUUCACACGUACUCGGACGCGUUUUAUUUUACCGCACCUCUUCACCCUGCUGUCCUCGCGCGCGCUCGCUGCAUCUUUUUUUUUUGCCGGUGGAGAGCUCUGUGUCUUUCUUGCACUGCAACGAUGCGGAGCGCAGCGGCUUCCUUCCAGCCUCACUGACCGCACCAGGCUUUUUAUAAGCGCGAGACAGGCAUCCCCCAGGGCCGGGGUUGCAGGGUUUUUUGGAAAACAGGCAUAAUGGCCAGUGCCGCUACGGAUCUGGACAAUGCCGAAGCCCAGAGACAAUUAAACAACAACAACCGGCCCAGCAGCACAGGAUUCUGGGAAAGUGAAACCACUAGUGCUAAACUGUUUGAAUGCUCACGCAUCAAAGCAUUAGCAGAUGAAAGGGAUGCAGUGCAGAAGAAAACCUUCACUAAGUGGGUGAACUCUCACCUGGCUCGCGUCUCUUGCCGCAUCUCUGAUCUGUAUAAUGACCUGAGAGAUGGUUACAUGCUCACCAGGCUACUGGAAGUGCUUUCAGGAGAACUUCUGCCCCGACCCACAAGAGGCAGAAUGCGAAUACAUUGUCUGGAGAAUGUGGAUAAAGCCUUGCAGUUCCUUAAAGAGCAGAGAGUUCAUCUGGAGAACGUUGGCUCUCAUGAUAUUGUUGAUGGCAACCAUCGUCUUACACUCGGCCUCAUCUGGACCAUUAUCCUUCGCUUCCAGAUCCAAGUGAUUAAAAUUGAGACAGAGGACAACAGGGAGACUCGCUCGGCUAAAGAUGCGCUGUUACUGUGGUGCCAGAUGAAAACAGCAGGGUAUCCUGAAGUAAACAUUCACAAUUUCACCACAUGCUGGAGGGAUGGAUUGGCUUUCAACGCCCUUAUACAUCGACACAGGCCUGAUUUGAUUGAAUUUCACAAGCUGACCAGAUCGAAUGCCACACACAAUCUGCAGCAAGCCUUUAAUAUUGCUGAGCAGAGUCUCGGACUUACUAAACUUCUUGAUCCAGAGGAUGUGAACACUGAGAAUCCGGAUGAAAAGUCUAUUAUAACAUACGUUGUGUCUUACUACCACUACUUCUCAAAAAUGAAAGCUCUUAUUGUAGAGGGCAAACGAAUUGGAAAGGUUUUGGAUAACGCCAUAGAAGCCGAGAAGAUUAUUCAGCGUUAUGAAGCUCUGGCCUCAGAUCUGCUGGAGUGGAUUGAAAAAAACAUCAGUAUUAUUAGCAACCAAAAGUUUGCUAACUCUCUAACAGGAGUACAACAGCAGCUACAGGCCUUCACAACCUACUGCACCAUUGAAAAGCCUAUAAAGUUCCAGGAAAAAGGGAAUCUUGAGGUGCUUCUUUUUACCAUCCAAAGCAAACUCAGAGCCAACAACCAGAAGCCAUAUGUGCCUCAUGAUGGAAAGCUCAUUUCUGACAUCAACAAGGCAUGGGAGAGGCUAGAGAAAGCAGAGCAUGAAAGAGGUGUGGCUUUAAGGAAAGAGCUGAUACGUCAGGAGAAACUAGAGCUGCUUGCUCAGCGGUUUGAUCACAAAACCACCAUGAGGCAGGCAUGGCUUAAUGAAAACCAGCGGCUUGUUUCUCAGGACAAUUUUGGAUAUGACCUGCCAGCCGUGGAGGCAGCGAUGAAGAAGCACGAGGCGAUCGAGGCUGACAUCUCGUCAUAUGAGGAGCGCAUGGGUGCAUUGGUGGAACUGGCCAUGGAGAUGGAGAGCGAAGGAUAUUACGACAUCAGACGCAUCAUGGCUCGGAAAGACAACAUCCUAAAACAAUGGGAUCUGCUCAAAGAACUUGUGACAGCUCGAAAAACACGGCUGGAGAAAAACCUGGCGCUGCAAAAAACAUUUCAGGAAAUGGUCUACAUGAUUGAUUGGAUGGAGGAGAUGCAGAUGAAACUGCUCUCUAAAGACUUUGGUAAACACCUGCUGGAGGUGGAGGACCUGCUGCAAAAACACACUUUACAGGAGGCUGACAUCACUGUACAGGCAGACCGUGUCCAAACACUCAACUCUGCUGCACUUAAAUUUACCACCAUAGAUGGAUACCAGCCAUGCGACCCGCAGGUGAUCUGCAAUCGUGUAAAUCACGUAAACACUUGUCUGGAGGAAUUGAUACAGCUAGCAGCUAAACGUCGCUCUGAGCUAGAGGAUUCUCGUGAGUUGUGGGUUUUUUUCCAGGAAGUAGAAGAGUGUGAUUGCUGGAUGCGCGAGAAGAUCUCAAUCCUGAACACACAGAGUUGCGGCAAAGAUCUUAGCAGCGUUCUGAAGCUCCUGCAAAAGCACAAGAGCCUUGCUGGGGAGCUGUUAGCACGACGUGCCCUUCUCCAGCAGACUAUGAAAAAUGGGAAGCAAAUCGUCACGCAAAAACGGUUAUGCGCAGCUGGGAUAAAUGACAAGUUGAUGGAGGUGAAGGAAGAUUGGAAACGUCUGGAGGAUCAAGCCGCGAUGAGACUAGGUCACCUGCAGGAGGCACUGGAUUUCUUUCAGUUUAGUGCUGAAAUGGAUGAUCAGCUAGCGUGGCUUCAGGAUGCCUACAGACUUGUCUCUAGUGACGAUUUCGGUCACGAUGAGUUUUCUACGCAGUCGCUGCUUAAGAAGCAUGUCCGUGUUUGUGAGGAGGUGGACAAGCACCGGCAGAACGUUGUAGCACUUCAUCAGCACGCAGUAGUACUGCCGCUUCAUUAUGGAGAGAUAGAAGAGGUGAAGGAGCGGAUACAUGAAGUGGAGCGUGUCUAUAGUGAGGUGGCAGAGGUUGCAGUGAUGCGACAACAGUGGCUGAAUGAUGCUCUUGCUGUCUACCGCAUGUUCAGCGAGGUGAACGCAUGUGAGCUGUGGAUUGACGAAAAGGAAAAAUGGCUGAACAAAAUGGAUGUUCCUGAAAGACUUGAGGAUGUUGAGGUGGUCGCCCACAGGUUUGAGAGCCUGGACCAGGAGAUGAACAGCUUGAUGGGAAGGAUCCUGGAUGUGAAUCGUAUUGUUCAGCAGCUCUUGGACAGUGACCAUCCCAGUUCUGCUGAGGUCAGAGGGUGUCAGGAUCACUUGAACAGCAGAUGGAACAAUAUGGUGGAGCUGGUUGAGAAGAAGAAGGAUCAUUUGGACUCAAUCCUUCGUAUCCAGAAUUAUUUACUCGAAUGCAGUGAGAUCAAAUCACAAAUUCAGGAAAAACGCAAAGCUAUUGAUGCUACGCAGUAUUCAGGCAGCGAUCUGGGCAGCGUCUUGGCACUGCAACGACGUCUGUCCACGAUGGAGGGAGCGCUCGCCGUUCUAGAGCCCAAACUCAUCCAUUUACAGCAAGAAGCAGAAGACCUUGCAACCUCUGAUCCACACAAAGCGGAGGAGAUCCUGAUUCCCUUUGAGGGGGUGAGUGUGGAGUGGGACGAAUUAAAGCGUACUCUACAGGGUUGCGAGGAUUCACUGACUGUAGCUGGACGCCUACAGCAGUUCAUUCAGGAUUUGGAUUCUUUCUUGACAUGGAUGGUGCAGAAACAGACAGAGGCAGCAUCUAACGAGCUGCCUGAGUCUUUGGACGAGGCUGAGAGGCUCAUCAACCUCCACGCAGCUCUUAACGAAGAAAUUCACAGUUACGAGGAGGAUUUUGAGCGUCUACAGGCUGUGAGGGAGCUGCUGGACACAGAGGACACUCUGUUAGCCAAUGCUGCACUGCACCAGUGGCUCCAGAAACUUAGUGCAGGCUGGAACAAGCUGCUACAGAUGUGGGAGAGCAGGAGGGAUGAGCUAGUGCAGGCACACAUCUACCAUCUUUUCAUGAAAGACGUUAAGCAGGCUGAGGCCUUUCUCAACAACCAGGAGUCCUCGCUGGCACACGUGGAGCUCCCUACCACAGUGGAGACUGUGGAAGCAGCCAUUAAGAAACACAAAGAGUUCAGCAUGGCGAUGGAGCUCAAUCUGCACCGGAUCAAAGCUGUGAUCGAGGCAGGAGAGAGUCUCAUCAGCCAGAACAACAUCUACUCUGAGCGUAUCCGAGAUCGGGUUGAUUUACUCAUUACCAGGGGGAAUCAAAACCGUGAAGUGGCACAGCAGUGGCUCAGAAAACUCACUGAUCAGUGGGAGCUGCAGAGAUUUAUGCAGGACUGCCAUGAGCUGGGUGACUGGGUGAUGGAGAAGAUGCUAAUGGCACGUGACUCAACCUGUGAUGACACUCAGCAGCUUCAUAAAAAAUGGCUAAAGCACCAAGCGUUCAUGGCCGAACUCUCACAGAACAAAGAGUGGCUCGACAAAAUUCAGAAGGAAGGUGAGCGGCUGAUGGUGGAGAAGCCGGAGCUGAGCUCCAUGGUUCAGCAGAAGCUCAGUGAGAUUCAUGAGUGUUGGCUGGACCUGGAAAACUCUACGCAGGUCAAAGCACUGCAGCUGUUUGAGAACAACCGGGGGCAUCAGAUCACUCAAAAUUACACUCGGCUGAACGAGCGCGUGCAGCAGCUGGAGCUGCAGCUAAACCACUGUGACUACAGCCAUGACCUCACCUCCGUCAACAAGCAGCUCAAAAAGCUCCAGAUGAUGGAGCGACAAAUGGAGGAGUGGUGUAAUGAAGUGUGUGAUCUGCAACUUCAGUCAUCCUCUCUCCCCGAGGAGUGUGUGAUGGCAGACUCGGUGUCUGUGCGUCAGGCUGAAGUAGAGGCACGGAUCGUACGUCUCAUCGAGCCUCUGAAGGAGAGACGAAGAAUCCUGCUCGCAUCCAAAGAAGUGCACCAAGUGCGCCGCGACCUGCAGGAUGAAAUUCUGUGGGUGCAAGAGCGCCUUCCAUUCGCUAUGUCACAGGAAUCCGGGAGUAGUUUACAGGCUGUGCAGCAGCUCAUGAAGAAAAAUCAGAGCCUACAAAGGGAGCUGGAGACCCACCGGGGGCAUGUGGAAGAGGUGAUGGAAAGAGCGAGCCUGUUCUCAUCAGUGCGCACGGCCGAGGCGGAGUGUGUGAGCGCAUUAAUGGAGGAUCUGCAAGGCCUAUGGGCGGCACUGUGGGCCGAGACAGAGCAUAAACAACAGCAUUUAGACUCCAUGUAUCAUGCUCAACAGUACUACAGUGACAUUACUGAGGUGGAGGCAUGGCUCAGCGAACAGGAGCUGCACAUGAUGAAUGAGGAGAAAGGAAAGGAUGAAUCGAGUACGCUGCAGCUGCUAAAAAAACAGUUAUCUUUGGAGCAGUCAAUCGAGGAUUAUGCUGAAACCAUUGGAUUAUUAUCACAACAGUGCAGACAACUACUGGAGCUCAGCCAUCCAGACAGUGAUCAGAUCAGUAAACGCCAGUCUCAGAUCGACCGGCUCUACGUGUCAUUGAAAGAUUUAGUGGAAGAAAGGAAGUGCCGGUUGGAACAGCAGUACUGGCUUUUUCAGCUGCACAGAGAGGUGGAAGAACUUGAGCAAUGGAUUGCUGAGCGAGAGAUCUCAGCCAGCUCUACCGAACUCGGGCAGGACUAUGAACAUGUCACGAUCCUACAGGAAAAGUUCACUGAGUUUUCCUCAGAGACAGGAAGUAUGGGUCAGGAGCGAGUGAUGGCUAUUAAUCAGAUGGUGGAUGAGUUGAUUGAUUUUGGACAUGCAGAUGCCGCCAUCAUUGCUGAAUGGAAGGAUGGGGUGAAUGAAUCAUGGGCUGAACUGAUGGAACUGAUGGAAACCAGAGCACAAAUGCUUGCAGCUUCACACCAGCUUCACAAAUUUUUUUCUGACUGCAGAGAGGUAAUAACACAGAUAGCUGACAAACACCGCAGAUUACCCGAAGUACGAGAGUGCCAGGAUGGCACAGUAAACACUAGCUCACUUCAGAGACUCAUGAGCACAUUUGAACAUGACAUUCAGCUGUUAGUUGGACAGGUGAGACAGUUACAGGAAAAUGCUGCUCAGCUUCGUACCGUUUAUGCAGGAGAGAAGGCAGAAGCCAUCGCCAUGCAGGAAUAUGAAGUGAUGCGAGCAUGGAAGGAGCUAAUCAUGUCCUGUGAGGAAUGCCGUGUGCAGAUAACCACAGCAUCAGAUAAACUGCGAUUCUUCAGCAUAGUGCGUGAUCAGUUGAUGUGGAUGGAAAGCAUCAUCUGCCAGAUAGGGACAGGAGAGAAACCCAGGGAUGUCUCAUCUGUCGAGGUGCUCAUGAAUUACCAUCAGGGCCUCAAGAGUGAAGUGGAGGCACGAAAUAAGAACAUGGUGCAGUGUAUAGAGAUGGGAAAGACACUGCUGGCUACAAGAAACCAAGCAUCAGAUGAGAUUAAAGAGAAACUGGAGAAAGUUUUGGCCAAGCAGAGAGAGCUGACAGAGAAAUGGGAUAAACACUGGGAGGAACUACAGCACAUGUUAGAAAUUCAUCAGUUUGCUCAGGAGGCAGUGGUCGCAGAAUCCUGGCUCUCAUCUCAGGAGGCGUUUUUGUUCAAUCAGGAACUUGGUCGCAGCGUAGAUGAAGUAGAGCAGCUCAUUCGCCGUCAUGAGGCCUUCAGGAAAGCAGCUUCAACCUGGGAAGAAAGAUUCAGCUCGUUACGCCGCCUCACUACGGUGGAAAAGAUGAAGGCAGAACAAAGUAAGCUGCCUCCAACUCCAUUGCUCGGUCGUAAGGUUUUUCUGGACCCUCAGGAUUCAUCUCCAGCACGUAGCAGCCCUUCAUCCCUUCACAAACAGACUAUUUAUGAGCAGGGAGACUAUUGGAGUGAACGAAACGUGGCUCAGGCAUCGCCACCACUUGCAUCUCGUAGACUUGGCCCAACAGUCUCAAAUUAUACACCAAUUGUGAGUGGUCCUGCCACAUUGCUAAUUCAGGAGGCAAGGAACACUGGUGUCUUGGGGGUCGCUGCAGGCCUUGGAACGGCCACAGACCAUAAAAGCACUCAGAUCAAACCAGUGCACCCCAUUAAAGACGUGAACGUAAUGGCGGAGGUGGUGCUUCAGGAGCCGGGAUGCAGUGGAGGCAGUCGCAUAGAAUUGCAGGUGGAGCAGCAACGCCCUCAUGGGAAGGACUUGCGUGUUGAACGUCAGCUUUCUAAUGAACAGCUGAUUCAAGCAAGAAGAGAUGAGCUUCCUCAAGAAGUAUGGAGGGAACGGGCAGAGAGAGAAAAGAGGCUAGAGAGACAGACAUCCAGUGAACAGGAAGUAUUUGAAACUCGGCGAAAAGACAGACAUCGGCUUGAGAAACAAGAAAGCAGCGAACAUGAGACGGCCAAAGAACCAUCAGAUAGGCGAUCAGGAGGAGGAGAGAAACGGUCUACCUUAGCUGACAUCGUGGAACAGCUUCAAGAGCGAGAAGCUGCACAGGCUCGAGGUGAAAUUCCUCGCGUUCCAAAUGGAGUUCCAGAGAAGUCGCGUCUAGAUCGACCCCGAGCUCGAGACCGACCAAAACCACGCAGGCGGCCGCGGCCCAAAGAUGGUACACAGGGCGAGACGCGACGUUCGCGAUCUGCUCCUGCCCAGAGCAGCUCAUCUGUCCCACAACCACCUUCCCAUCAUGCUCAGCGUGAGGGCUUCCUCUUCCGCAAGUUAGACAUAGAGAGCCAGAAGAAAAGCUCCAACAGCAGAUCUUGGGUGAAUCUGUACUGCAUACUGAAUAAAGGCGAACUUGGUUUCUUCAAGGACUCAAAGAAUAUAACAUCUACGUACAACAAUGAACCACGUCUUAGUCUAAACAGCUGUUCCUGUGACAUCAACCUUGGCUACAAAAAGAAGAAAAACGUCUUCACACUUAAAACUAAAGAUGGGAGCGAGUUCCUGUUCCAUGCAAAAGAUGAGGAUGAUCUAAAAGCCUGGAUCUCGAAUAUCAACAUGUGUAUUGGUGAACAUGAGGAUAUCACUAAAUGGGGGCAGUCACAUCCAACUACCUCAUCAACAGACGAGGGCACACGGAGGGAAGGCAGCAGGGCUGAGAAAUCUGACCGAGCCGAUAGGGGCUCUGAGCGCUCGGACAAGGGUGAGAAAAUGGAGAAAAAGAGCGGGAAAAAGAAAUGAAGCAAUGAUCCAGGAACUUUUUGACAAUUUGUAUUGUGUUACACUGGAAGUCGGAUGUGACAAUAAAAUUGAAGGGAAAAAGAGAAAAUGCUGCACUCUCGCUCUCUCUUUCUCUCUCUCUCUCUCUCUCUCUCUCUCUCUCUCUCUCUCUCUCUCUCUCUCUCUCUCCUCUCUCUCUCUCCCCCCGUUCUGAUUUCUGCCAUCUAAGUGGAUUUAUUCUGAAGCACUGAUGCAACGACUAGAGAUUUUCACUAUCAAGCGGAUCUUUGGAAGGCCAAACAAGGAUUAAUCCAAGAGAUGAUACACUGAGCUCAUUCUAGUUCUUUUUAUUAUAAUUUAUAUAUCUAUUUAAUGAAAGUUUUCAGUUCUCCAUAUCCAUUUAAAAGAUUCCUGGUAAAUUAAAGCACCUGGACAUGUCUAAUCAUCUUACAAUCACUUUGAAACUGCUAGACAUUUAAAACUUUGUUAAAAUGAGUCAUAUCAGUGUCUAUUCACAUCUUACCUACUGAUGAGAAUAGAAAUAUGCCAAAUGUUAAUUUGCUCUUUUAUAUAAAAAACGUAUUUAAUGGGGUUUUUUUUGUUGUUGUUUUUUUUAUCUUCUUGAAACUUUGUACACCCUAACAGCACUGAUUGUGUGAUUAUCGAGCAUGAAUUAUAUACCGGCAUACAUUUACAGACUGAGAACUUAAAGGUAUUUAUGAAAUAUAGACAAUAGCCAUGCAGGGGACUGUAAAGCCUGAAAUCUGCCUUCCAAUACUGCUUUUAACGCCCUCGUAAACAUCACCUUAUGAGCCUGCAUUUGCACUGUGGGGUUAAAAGAUGUGUGUAGGUCACAUUUUUUGCUUAACAGUGAGAACAAUGUAGCUGAAGUGAUUUUCUUGGAGUUUUACACUCUAUGCACACUGGUUAGCAUGGUUGUUUUGGAAACAGUUUGUUACUGUGGAGAGUUUUAUUGGCUAGCUAACUUCCCAGUAAAACUAGCAUGCUAACUAGUGAAUGUAAAACAGAUACUAAAAUAUAAUGAAAAUAUAAAUAAUUUUCACUGUGGUUUCUAUCAUUUAUUUACUUUAGUCUACAGCAAACUAUGCUAUAAUGGUUUGUUUACUGUUAUCAGCUAACCAGCUACAGGACCAUGCUAACAGUUCACUGGCUAGUAGAGUAAAGUAACAACUUGAGCUGCCAUGUACUGUACAAAAGUAAGGAUUUAAGGGAUCAAAGACAACCUAAACUCAGACAAUCAAACUUUAGAUUUUACAGUUUUAUAGUUUAUAUGUAUUAACAGUUCAUCCCCCAUUUUGAAUAAUAAAUUAAUAAAGUGUGUCACGCAGUGCAGUAAUGCCUUCUGGGGUACAUUUUGGCCCUGAAGCAAUGUUCCCAAUUGAAUAGUUUAAAUUUCUCAUUUAAAGGUCAUCUAACAAACAUCACAAAUAUCAAAUAUCAAGGAAAGGAAAGAUGUUAUGGGCACAUUAAAAACAGAAUUGGAGCAGGUGUGUUUAUUUUUGCUUUGUUGUUUUUGAGAAUAAGCCACAGCAUUAAUAAAAAUGCCCUUUUCCUGUUUCAGUGGAACAAGGAAGUGUCUGCAUUCCUUACAAAGGUCAUCACUUCCUGUUUCAGUGUUUCAGGGGGGAAAAAAAGUCACGUCUGUGUCUCCCUAAAGUCCACCGUAACGUAUGUUCAGACUGGAAUAAUACGCAGAGCGUGUGUGUGUGUGUGUGUGUGUGUGUGUGUGUGUUUACAUCAUCCAGGUAUUGAGAACUCAGGCAUUUGAUUUUAAACCCUGUAGUCUUCCUUGUGUCACACUCACACACGUGUGUGUGUUUUAUGUGUGUUAAACAUGCACAUCAGUAUUUUUUUUAAUCUGUUGCAGUAUUCAGGCACUGCAUGAGAAUAAAUCUUUCUUAGUACAUGUAUCUUCUUUGCUUCUCAUUCUGUGUGGAUUGUUGAUUUUUUUUUUCUGUUUAAUGUUAAUACUAGAGGUCUCUGUGAUCCAAAAUGGGUGUGUCAUGAUUGUGUGUCACUUAAUUAGGAAGUAACUAGGAUUUUAUAAGAAUAGUUAGAUGUGCUACAGUGUCCUGUUGUGUCUUUUCCCUAACACACCUGACUGCAUAGAUCAAUUUAUGUACACUUCAUGAGGAUAUAUUGAGGAUUAAAAUGUUAUAAAAGGUGGGUUAAUAAGCAUAAAUGUUGGACUUUGUAUUUUAGAGUAUGGAAAAUGCAAGAAUUUAACAGUGGGUUUAAAUAAGGGAGGGAGGAUGUUAGGUCAGCGAUGUAGUGUACACAAUCUAGUGUCUUCCUGCUCUAACACACUCAAACACAUCCAUUUUAUCCUCAUGAAACUGUAUUAAUGACUAGACAUGUGUCAUCAAUUAUACUUUCAGUAACAGAUUAACUUGUGCAGAAAUUCUACUUAAAGAGUAUUAAGCAAAAUAUGUUGUAUGUGUGUAUUGAUGUUAUAUCAUACAUGUCUAAUACAUAGUUGAUGAGUUGGAUCUUUAAGAUAGGGUUUCCUUUGUUAGGGUAUGUUCAUUUUUGUUAGUUCUCUUGUAUCACUUGUUAGCUCCGUCAGUCACGCAGAAAUUAUUCAAAUUAAAUCAGAAUAAAUGUGCAAAAUCUGAGAUAGACACUACCAAACUUACCACAAAACACUCUAACGCACUCAAACAGAUGCUACGUUAUUCACUUUAUCCAUAGUUUGAACUGUCUCAGGUUUAAUCCCUUUUGCGCGUUAAGGAAAUUAAGGUGUAUUGUAGUACUUCGAGUGUAUUAGAUCAGUUAUUCCCAGAACUUCUGUUCUGAUUUAACACACCCGAUUCAGCUCAUCAAUUCAUUAACACACUUUCAUGAGGAUAAGACAUCAGUAUGUAAUGAGGGGUAUAUGAUAUUAUAUAAAGAACUGAUUAGUAUUAGAUCAGGAAACAUACACUUCUGGUGCAUAUAGUGUGAUGUUUUUGACAGUGUUUAUUAAGAUGUAUUGCAAAGAUUACAUGUGAAGAAACAUCAGUUAAAUAAUUUGCACUGAACAGCUUCUUGUUUUUUUGGUGUCUGAUACCAAAGGCAACUCUGAAUACAUUUCUUUCAUAACUUUGUCCAUUUACGUUUUCUUUAAAGCUGUCCACAUUUAUUUAUCAUGUCAAAUGUUUCAUUGAGUGAAAAGAUGAGAAACAGUGAAUGAUGAGAAACAUCUGGAAUGUUUUUAAAACAAAGUCUUUUAUACAAGUGA